AUGGAGACUCUUCCACUUGAGACUCUUGAAAACAUCUGCCGCUACCUCGUACCACCCGACGAGGCUCGAAAGUACCGUCCGCAACGAAGCCGGAACUAUUUUGAGGCACGGCAAGAGCCCUUCAGGGCCGAUUGUCUAGCGAUAAGACGAACUUGCAAGACCUUAUCCUACCUCCGAACACCUGCUGCUGCCUUAUUCUACGACUUCAAUGUCUUCGUGACUCCUCAAAGUCUGGACAGAUUGGAACUACUGUCACAGCACCCAUUCCUUCGAAACUACGUCCAUCGACUCGUCUUCUGCUCGCCCAUGUUGCAGCCAAAGCUUGGAGACCCCCGCCAAUAUAGGACCCGGAUUCGAUCGGAGAAAUGGCGUUUGGUACAGUCGAUCUACUCACACGUAGAAGAAGAGACAGGUCUUGUGACAUACCAGGCUGCCCUGGCAGAACAAACCAAUCUGCUUCGCGGCGUAGCAUACACAGAAAUUUGUGCACGAUGCCUGUCUCGCUUCCCUUUGCUGUCAAGCAUUUUCAUCUCCGACGGGGUUCCAAGAGCCAUCAACCUUGACAUGAAUCACCAUUUUCAAAUCCGGACCAUGUUUCAAAGGAAGUAUCCAAAGGUGCUUCUGAGAAAUAUGGUUGAGGGCAUCGAGACCGAGUCCCCUGAUCUCCACGUUGCCAAUGUCCUUGAGGCGGUAGCCAUUGCGAAAAUUCCGCUGGAGGAGCUCGUCACCUACAAUGGAUGGGGUCCAAGCAACUUCUUUUCCAUGGACCACGUUCGUGGAUGGCCAGUUGGGCUCGAUGUUUCCAAGCUGACCCGCCUGGACCUCUGUUUGAGAGAUAGCAACGAGCCGUAUGAACCAACCGACUUGCAAUGGUCCACAACCAUUGGUCAAUUAUCGUUGCUGAUGCCUGCGGUGACUGAGCUCCACCUUCGAUUUGUUUGCAAACGAUGGGAUCACCCGACCAUGAACAAGCUCUGGGACUUGAAUAUCCCUCACCUCACCAAACUCGGCUUGGAAGGCUUGACCAUGUCGCGUACAGGAUUUGUCCGCUUCAUGGACCGUCACCGCCAUCUUCGCGAGAUAACCUUGAACGACGUGAGAGUGAACAAUGAGCGGUGGCUUCCUGUUUUCAGGGCCUUGCGUGAGCAUCCUGCGUUGGAAGAUCUUGAGAUCAGCAAUGUUGACAAUGAUCGACUAUCUUCUGUCCUUUCCUCUGAUCGACUAUCUUCUGCCAUUUCCACCCUGGAUGUACCGCGGCCAAUAGAUGAUGGGAGAUUGGAGCUAUACAACUACUUGCAUCGCAAGGGAGAUUGGACGGAUAAACUGGAGGUGGAGUGGCGGCGGCAUGAUCCUUACUACCCGUAG